AUGGCGAGUUGCGACUGCACUUGCAACUGCAAGUGCAAUCAGCAUACGAAGAGCUGUCGAAUGCCACAAAUGGCAAUCGAAUGUCGCAAUUGCACCGACGGGUGCAAAUCAGCGCAUAUGAAGAGCUGUGCCAUGGCGAGUUGCGACUGCACUUGCAACUGCAAGUGCAAUCAGCAUACGAAGAGCUGUCGAAUGCCACAAGUGGCAAUCGAAUGUCGCAAUUGCACCGACGGGUGCAAAUCAGCGCAUAUGAAGAGCUGUGCCAUGGCAAGUUGCGACUGCACUUGCAACUGCAAGUGCAAUCAGCAUACGAAGAGCUGUCGAAUGCCACAAGUGGCAAUCGAAUGUCGCAAUUGCACCGACGGGUGCAAAUCAGCGCAUAUGAAGAGCUGUGCCAUGGCGAGUUGCGACUGCACUUGCAACUGCAAGUGCAAUCAGCAUACGAAGAGCUGUCGAAUGCCACAAGUGGCAAUCGAAUGUCGCAAUUGCACCGACGGGUGCAAAUCAGCGCAUAUGAAGAGCUGUGCCAUGGCAAGUUGCGACUGCACUUGCAACUGCAAGUGCAAUCAGCAUACGAAGAGCUGUCGAAUGCCACAAGUGGCAAUCGAAUGUCGCAAUUGCACCGACGGGUGCAAAUCAGCGCAUAUGAAGAGCUGUGCCAUGGCGAGUUGCGACUGCACUUGCAACUGCAAGUGCAAUCAGCAUACGAAGAGCUGUCGAAUGCCACAAGUGGCAAUCGAAUGUCGCAAUUGCACCGACGGGUGCAAAUCAGCGCAUAUGAAGAGCUGUGCCAUGGCGAGUUGCGACUGCACUUGCAACUGCAAGUGCAAUCAGCAUACGAAGAGCUGUCGAAUGCCACAAGUGGCAAUCGAAUGUCGCAAUUGCACCGACGGGUGCAAAUCAGCGCAUAUGAAGAGCUGUGCCAUGGCAAAAUAA